AUGCCUCGAGCACGCAGGCAGGCUCUAGCUACAACGCUGCACGCCGACCAUGACAUCGAUACCUUUGCUGUGCGGGCUGACGGCGCCGACUGCGACUCGCCAAAGCGCAUCGUCGAUGCUGCCGUCAAGCGCUGGGGCCACAUUGACAUCAUUAUCAACAAUGCCGGUACCUGCGACGACAGCCUGCUGGCUGACCUCGCCCACGAUCUGUGGGACAAAAUCAUGGACUGCAACCUGCGUUUUCCUGUCUUCCUCAUCAAGGAGGCCAUCCCAUACUUUGGCACGGCCCUGCGCAUCGUCAACAUUUCCAGCGUGCUCGCUCGCAUGGGCAGCGCCUCCACGACCGCUUGCUUGGCUAGCAAGGCUGCUCUCGAGGGCGUCACCCGUGUCUUGGCCACGGAGCUGAACCAGAAGUACAACGUCGCCAUCAAUUGCGUCAAUCCCGACCCUGUCGCCACCGACAUGUGGCUGCGCGACACCAGCCCUCCGUGCCGAGAUCCCGGAUGCGGCGUGGAUAUUCCUGCUGUCUGUUACAGCCUUUCAUUUGCCCCGAACCCUGGUUUUACGCAAGUCUUUCCGCGCCAAGCCGAGAUUCUGAACUACAUUGCAAAGGUCGCAUCGGACUACGGAGUAGACAAACACACUCCACACCACAUCGUCCCAAGCACCAAUUAUGGCAUAUCUCUACACCUGAAGCUCGCCUUCCGAUUUAUUCCCGGACUUUUAUUCCUCGUCAGGAUUCUGACUUUCGUCUACAUGGAAGUCACCUUCUUUUAUUUCCGGACGACCGAAGUGGGCCAUCGGAAACGGGUACAAGCACGAAAACUAAGCACCGAGUACUUGCAGAGUAAAGCGCCUGGAAAAUAUUGGCAGCUUUUGACUCCGACGUUCGAGUUUGGAUGCAAGAGACGCGUGUUUGACCAAGGCUAUGUGGACACACUCAACAGACAUGACGUCCGUCUGACAGAUGAGCGUAUUGUCAGAGUGAAAGAGCACUCCCUUGUUACAAAUUCGGGAGAGGAAGUUCGGGCCGAUAUUAUUAUCCUUGCCACGGGCUUCUCCCUGACACAGUACAACGUACACGUGCAAGGACGAAACGGAAAGACUCGGGAUCAGCACUGGCAAGAAUACGGCUGCAAGGCAACUUUCAAGUCUGUCGCCAUGCACGACUUCCCCAACUUCUUUUACGUUUUGGGACCCAACUCCGGCCGACUGCAUACCUCAGCUUUGCUCUCUAUCGAAAGCUUUGUGGACUUGAUUGCCGCCGUCAUUAGGCCAGUUCUCGAACAGCGAGCAUCAUGUGUACAGGUCAUGCACACCAGCGAACAGGCUUACACCAAGGCUCUCCAUUUGGCCCUUAGUGAAACGGUUCACGACAGUUCUUGUUCUAGCUACCUUAUCGACAAGCAGAGCGGCAAGAAUUGGUUCGUUUACCCGUGGGACACCUUGCAGCUGUGGCUGACGACGCAUUGGAGAGUUCUGCGUGACUGGGAAUAUGAGCCUGCGGGACUGUGA